CUCAGUGCUCAUGGCUACCCCUGUGCCUGCUGCUCCUGCUUUCCACCCAGCCUAGCCUUUGUCCUGCCCCUGCUUUGGACCGCCUGCUACCCUGCUUCUCCAGUUACUGACCCUGAGCUUGAGCCAUGGCUUUGGCUUCUGACUGCUUACUCUGGCUUGACCCUAGGCUCUGGUAUCCAAUUCCUAGCAUCCGGUUUGACCAUGCCUCUGGUUUCUGACUACGGCUUAAUCCUCGGCUCUGGUUUCCAGUCACUGCCCUCUGGUUUGAUCCAUGGUUCUGACUGCUGACUCUGGUUUGCCUCUCAGCUCUAGCAUUGAGUGCUUGACCUUCAGCUUGACUCUUGGCUCCACCUUUAACUACGGACUCCAGUUCUGACCCUAAUCGCUGGUUCCUGACAUCUGCUCCAGCCAUGAAGUCUCACACCCGCUCUGAUCACUAGGCUAGACCGCCCUUGUCCCGCCAUUGAAUGACAGAGAUUUUCACAAGCAGCCUCAAACGCACGCACACAAAACCUGGUUAAGAGAAAAUGGGUUUUGCAUGGGAAAAUAGGUUUUGCGUGUGCAGAGGUUGAAUAUAAAAAUCUGUCCUCCAUGUUGCAGACAGUGCAUGGGACAGCAACGCAGCCCCUCCACAUAUGCUAUUCCAGCCCCUGGUCUGCAGUAUCCUCCAUAAAUCAUGCACAGUGCCCUUCAUGUCAACUGGUCUCACCAUCACCACCUCUCUGGGUUGGCUCUUGGGGAUCUGGAGCAGAUUAUUAGCUCCAUCUCACAAAGGAGCUGCAAGUGUAAUUGUGGGGCAUCCUCUGGACACAGUAAAGACUCGCUUACAAGCUGGACAAGGAUAUGGAAAUACACUUAAUUGUAUCCUUACCGUGUACAGAAAUGAAAGUGUUGUCGGAUUCUUUAAAGGGAUGUCUUUCCCAUUGGCCAGCAUUGCUGUCUACAGCUCGGUGACAUUUGGUGUCUUCAGCAAUACUCAAAGGUUUAUUAGCCAGCAGCGCUAUGGAGAUUCUAACCAUGCCCCGGCACUCUCGGACUUGAUUGUUGCCAGCAUGGUAGCAGGGGUUGUCUCAGUAGGAAUUGGUGGUCCUGUGGACCUAAUAAAGAUAAGACUACAGAUGCAGACACAGCCAUUUAUUAAAGCAAACAUAAACUUAAGGCACAGGGCAACUGGGUUUCCCGCAUACAGAGGCCCAAUUCACUGUGUUAGUUCAAUCCUUCGGCAGGAGGGCUUAGCAGGAAUAUACCGAGGUGCCGGCGCAAUGCUUCUGAGGGAUGUUCCUGGGUAUUGCCUAUACUUCAUCCCUUAUACAUUUCUCUGUGGCUGGAUUACUCCUGAGGGAUGCAUAUCUCCUAGUCCCUCUUCUGUGUGGAUAGCAGGAGGUAUAGCAGGAGCAAUUUCCUGGGGGACUGCUACUCCGAUGGAUGUUGUGAAAAGUCGACUUCAAGCUGAUGGGGUUUAUUUAAACAAAUACAAAGGAGUCAUUGAUUGCAUCUCCCAGAGCUACCAUAGUGAGGGCUUAAAAGUCUUUGUUAGGGGCAUCACAGUCAAUGCAGUGCGAGGAUUCCCGAUGAGUGCAGCCAUGUUUCUUGGAUAUGAACUUUCACUCAAAGCACUAAGAGGAGACCAAGCUGAGACCAAUCCUUAACACCCAGGUCAGCUUCACAAAGAUCUUUAUUGAUUUCAGAGCCACCAACGCUAUUAAAAAUAGAGACCUCAUCACUGAAAUCAGUGGAAGUUGUGGCUGUCCAGAACUUCUGAAAACCCUCUAUCUAAGGUACUUAUGUGGCCCCCUCCCCGUAGUAUCUAAGCUUCUCACAGUCAUGUGUGUGUUUAUCCUCGCGACACCCCUGUGAGGUAGGGAAGGGCUAUUUCCCCCAUUUUACAGAUGGUGAAUUGAUGUGCAGAGAGACUAAGUGACUUGUCUAGGGUCACACAGCAGCAGCUUGGGAUAGCCUGAGUACAAACCCGCCCUGACCCUGUGAGCCUCUGCCUAUGCUAAUCCUGGCUACGCUGCUAUUUUUAGCAUGCUAGCUUCAGCUGAGCUAGCGAGGGCCUGUCGACCCAUACUGGGAAGGACCCUGCCAGCUGCAGCGUAGACGUACCCGAAGAUGCCGAAAUAUGGAUUUAGGUGCCUAACUUUAGCCACCCAGCAUUGAAAACCUUGGCCUAAGUGACUUAGUCAAGGUGACAAAGCUCCCAGUAGACCCAAAAGGUUGGCUCUAAAUUAUGGCUCAGCUUCAAACAUAGUGGGUGUAGCUGUAAUCCCGUUUAAAUCCGUGGAGCAGAACCUCCUCAUAUCAGAUCUCAGUCUGGUCUAUUGCGUCCCUUGAGCCUUUAGCUUACUUGGAUCACCAUAACUGCCCUUGUUCACACUUUUAAAAAAUCUUCAUGCUAUCUUUCCUAAGGGGCAGGUGUCUGGUGCAGGCUGUUGCAGCCUAGCAAGUAGAGGCAGAUGCAAGGUUUCCGGUGACAGGUGGGAGUAAAUAGGACCCAGUGUCAGGGACGGCUCUAGGUUUUUUGCUGCCCCAAGCAAAACAUUUUUUGCCCCCCUCCGCCCCCCCUUUUUUGGCUGGAAUGCCUCUCCUAGAAACGUGCCACCCCCGGAAACGUGCCCAUAGGCGCCGACUCGGUGGGUGCUCCGGGGCUGGAGCACCCCCAGAGAAAAAUUGGUGGGUGCUCUGCACCCACCGGCAGCUCCCCACCCCACCCCCUGCCCCAGCUCACCUCCGCCUCUGCCUCCUCCCCUGAGCACACUGCUGCCACUCCGCUUCUCACCCCUCCCUCCCAGGCUUGCUGCGAAACAGCUGUUUCGCGUGGGGAGAAGCGGAGCGGUGUGUGCCUGUGGGAGGAGGCGGGGCCAGGGAUUUGGGGAAGGGGUUGGAAUGGGGGCGGGGAAAGGGCAGAGUUGGGGUGGGGCUAGGGGCGGGAUGGGCGCAAGCACCCACCGGCGCCGGGUAAAGUCAGCGCCUAUGAAUGUGCCUCCCCUGGAAAUGUGUUGCCCCAAGCACGUGCUUGCUUUGCUGGUGCCUGGAGCCGGUCCUGCCCACUGUGGUCCUGUACCCCCUGGGGGAAGGGCUGUGGGGCCAGAAGCAUAGUGGGCAGAAGGGCAGUGCAUUAGGUGAGCAGAGAUUGGGAGCUCUGAGGUAUAGUCCCCUCGGUCCCCUCCGUCAAGUUGCUCCAUGAGUUUUCGGUGGGGGAAACAACAGGAGCAACUCUACCUAGAAUUUCCCCCUGCUUGUGGCCCCUGCAGACAAGCUGAGAAGGGAAUGGAGUAGCAGCCAGGAGGGUGCUCCCACUCCCCUCCACCGAGCCAGAAGAAGGAAACAGGGAGUUGCAGGCCUCCCUCCGUUCCUCUCUCCAACAUUAGAAGAACAGUGACUAGGUACAGGGCCAAAAUGUCCCGCCCCCUAAACCCAGAAAGGAGCUGCUAAGCAUGUGGGCUCUAGGAGGCUUUCCCUAUGCCCUGAGACUGGAUUGGGUCCUUCCCCUUGAGCCCAAGACAAAAUGGGAGUGGGGCCAAGAGGGUCCCUCUACCACAAGGCCUGAAAAGGAGUAGAAGCAAAGCCAAAGUCUCACCCCACUUGAGGACCAGCCAGACUGGGAGGUGGCUCUCUGGGCUAGGAUGCUCAUCUGCUGCCUGCUCUUGGGCCUCGCGUUUGCUACUACUGAGAUUAACCAGAGUAGUCAGUUUUCCAUAAAUGAAGAACAAAAUACAUCCAGUGCAAGCGCCCUUUGAGCAAAAGUCCUUCCAUCACUGAUUACAUUUAAAGCGUCAUUCUCUCCGCAUUACCUACUUCGAAACACAUCGUUCUCAUCUAAGGACGGUUGGGAAUAUUAUUUCCUUUCAAUGAAAACUAAAUUAUAUGUCAUUUAUUUGCCUAUUCUGUGUAAAAUGGAACAUGAAUGAAUUAAAAUGGAAAGUCAUGGGAA